CACAGUCCAGGAGCCUUGCAUGUCCACCUCUCACUACAUUCCUAUUCUCAAGAGAAACAGCAUGAAGUUGGGGCUGAUUCUGCUGCUAGCCACAUUGGCCACUGCAUUUGCUGCAGAGGAGUCUUGCAUGGGCCGCUGUGAGAAUGGCUUUGAUGCUCAGAAGAGCUGCCAGUGUGACUCCAUGUGUCGGUAUUACAAGAGCUGCUGCCUGGACUAUGAGACGGCAUGUCGUAUGAGAACUCGAGGAGACACAUUUGUCUUUGCUGAAGACGACGAGGAGUCUCUCGACAGCACCCCCACACCAGUUGCCACCAUCAACCAUACCCCAACCGUUGACUCUGGCUAUUCAGGCCAUCAACGUGGGCCAAGACGCCAUGACAGUGUUGUUGCUUUCUCUACUACUCCUGCCACGCAGGCCUCCCCUGUAACAAAGGCAACCACAGUUCCUACAGCUAUCAAAGUCCCUGAUACACAGAAGGAAUCUCGGUCACCCCAGGAUCCAACAACAGACUCCCACGUCCGACCCAACAUCCCCACAACUGGGAAGUCACAUAUCAAAGUGAAUGUCCCGACAACUGAGAAAGAUCCCAGGAGGGAAAUUUUAUUGAGACCAAAUCUGGCAACCCCAGAACCAACGACAGCCCCUGUCACAACCACAGAGAGAGUGACCACCACCAAAGCUCCAGACCCAGAUGCGGAGGCUUGUAGCGGCCGGCCCUUUGACUCUUUCAUGCAGAUGAAAAAUGGCUCAAUCUAUGCCUUCAGAGGGGAAUAUUUCUUUGUGCUGGAUGAAAAGUCUGUGCUUCCUGGCUACCCCAAACUCAUCAAGGAUGUCUGGGGCAUCAAAGGGCCCAUUGACGCUGCCUUCACUCGAAUCAACUGCCAGGGCAAAACCUACAUUUUCAAGAGAAAUCAGUACUGGAGGUUUGAUGAUGGUGUAUUGGAUGAGGACUAUCCCAGAGACAUUACUGUGGGCUUUACUAAGAUUCCAGACAACAUAGAUGCCGCCUUCGCCAUGCCAGCCCACAGUCACCAUGGCAAAGAGAAGGUGUACUUCUUCAAAGGUGACCAGUACUACCAGUAUGAGUUCCUCCACCAGCCAACUCACGAGGAGUGUAUCAGUAUGUCAGAGAGGUCCCCCUCCACCAUCUUCCAACGCUACACCGAUGUGUACUACAACAACUGGGAAUCCUUUUACCAUGAGCUCUUUGGAGGCAAGCCCAUCCGUCAUGAUGGGCACCAUUUCAUCAACAAGGACUGGGUCGGCAUCAAGUCACCUGUGGAUGCUGUCAUGGGGGGCAGGAUCUAUGUUGCCCCAUGGGUCUCUCCCCCUGGUCGCAAUGACCGACGCCCAGAGGGCAACUACCGCCCCAACCAGCAAUGGGGGCAACAGUGGGGGCAACAACGGGGGCAACAGUGGGAGCAACAACAGGGGCAACAGUGGGGUCACCGCAGGCAAAACCGAUCCCCUUUCUGGGAGUCUAUGGCUGAAAGAGGAAUGGACAUGGGUCAGGGCUUCGCUGAGAGAGGUAUGGACAUGGGCCAGGGCUUCGCUGAGAGAGGUAUGGACAUGGGUCAGGGCUUCGCUAAGAGAGGUAUGGAGAAGGGGCAGAGGCUGACAGACCCGGAGAUGGCGAUGAGGGAGAUGUUGGGGAGCGACUUGCGUCAGGAGCAAGACUGGGACCAGGACCAGGACCGACGGAGAGAUUACGAUUAUCGCAGACACUAUGAGAGCGAAAGCUAUUACUCCAGAUAUCCCACUGCAGAAAGACACUACUGGGAGCUCGUACGCAAGGGCCAGCCCCUGCAGAGCGUCUACUUCUUCAAAGCAGAUAAAUACUACAGAGUGGAUUUGAAGACCAAAAAAGUCGACUUUGCAAACCCCCCAUAUCCCAGAUCCAUUGCUAAGUACUGGCUCAGCUGCCCUGAAAACACAAAGGCAGAAAAGAAAUAGUUUCUAAGGGGGAGAUUUUAUUGUGUGUUCAUUUAAUCCAUUAGGUACUGUGACUAUGCUAUGUUGUCUUUACAAUUUGAUUGAAACAUUUACAACUGUAUAUAUAUAGGAUUUCUUUUUGAUGAAAGAUCUUAAUCUUGAUU